AUGGAAAAUGGGAGCUUAGAAAAUUGGUUACACCCAAGUCUUUUAGAGCAACAUGAACCUAGGAACUUGAGCUUUGUUCAAAGGCUAAACAUUGCCAUUGAUGUGGCAUGUGCAUUGGAUUAUCUUCACCAUCAUUGUGAAAUGACUUUUAUUCAUUGUGAUUUAAAGCCAAGUAAUAUUCUUCUUGACGGUGAUUUGUGUGCCCAUGUGAGUGAUUUUGGUUUGGCAAAGAUUUUUUUAGCAACCAAUGGAAUUUCUAUUCAUCAACAAUCAAGUUCAAUUGGGAUUAGAGGAACAAUUGGCUAUGUUGCCCCAGAGUAUAGUAUGGGUUUGGAGGUAUCAAUGCAAGGUGAUAUGUACAGUUAUGGAGUGUUACUACUAGAAAUGUUCACAGGAAAAAAACCAACUAAUAACACAUUUACAGGCAAUGUAAACCUCCAUAGCUAUGUACAAAUGUGUCUUUCGGAGCAAGUAAUGCAGAUUGUUGAUCCCCAAACCAUAUUGGAAAUGGAAGAGGAGCCAAGUAGGAGCAUGCAAAGUAGUACAACCAACAUUUCUAAACUAGAGGCUUGCCUAGUACCAGUCUUUCAAAUUGGACUUUCAUGUUCUGCUGAAAGGCCAAGUGAAAGAAUGAGUGUAAAAGAUGUUCUCAAAGAACUACACAAGAUUAGAAAUGUAUUUCUUGGGGUUAGGGGACAAAGGCAUUAG